UUAUUAUACUCCGUAAGUUAAUUGUAAUUAUAAAAUACUUUGUGUGUGAUGAAAUACAUAAACUAAAAAUAUAUUAUUUGUUAAAGGAAAAUAAAUACUUUUUCGCGGGUUAUUUAAAAAUAAUUGAAUAUGCAUUGAGAAUAGAAGUGUUCUAAGCCCACAAAGUUAUAAAAAUUAUUGACUUUAGGCGCAAACCCUCAAAUAUACGUGGCCAUGAGGGGUUUACAACUAUCUCGAGCGCAAGAUGUCGCCUCGAUCGCCGCGGUCCACCCUGUCUUGGGGAUGCUUUCUAGUUGUCAACGAGUUGUUGUUAUCGAGAUUAUUCAGCUACACUAGUUACCAAGGGCUUAGAUUCAAAUAUUUGUGAAUCGAUUAACUGAUUUUAUAAAUUUAAAUAUUAAUUUCUGUUAAAAGUUAUUGCUGAUAUGUUCAAUAAUUGUGAUAUACGGUGUUCAGUAUUGUUGUGAAUUAAAAAGCAUCGGGUAAGUGAGAAAGGGUGAGAGAGGAAAAGAGGAAAAUUCGUGAGAAAGAGUGAGAGCAAAAGAGAAAGAGAAAAUAAAAGGAAAGUGAUUUUAAAAAGUUAUUAUUAACCUGAUUGUUAGUGUAACAAAUUUAAUUUCAUCUAAUCUCAGUUAAUUUAUAAAGAUGGUGGUUUAGGUGAAAAAAUAAAUUUUAUUGGCGAAUGAAAUUCAUUUGCAAGAAUGGUGUUAUAGUUUGCGAUUGGAAAGUUGAACAAAGCAUAGAAAGUGUAAUCAUGUAGAUGGAAAUGUCGAUACUACGUGAAUUAAAUAAAAUUUUAUUUGUGAAAAUGUGAGAUGACGAGGAUGAUGAGGAUUAAGUAACUUCUAUAGUGUGUUAAUAGUUUUAGAUAAUUAUUUUUAUUAAAUAAUUUUUUUCUAUGAAGUGAAGACUUUAUCAGUGACAUAGUUUAUGAUUUUAUCGAAUGGAUACUAUGCCAGAAUAUAAAACAUCAGUUUUAUCAAUGGAUCUCUGGCAUACUCGGAUUCGAAGAGAAACUCUCAGAGUGUCAGUGCAACUAAUGGUAUUCUGUAAGACUUACUGUUGGCAAAAUCGAAGAAAAUAAAUAAGUAGUUGACAGUUGCACCAGAAAAUUUAUAAGCGGUGGAUUUGUGUCGUUUCUGGAUUUGAAAAAUUCGUGAUCACCAGAACAGACCUGAAAAACGUAGUUCUUAAGCCAACAAUUUUUCUAAUCAACUCUUGUAAUACAUUGCCAGCAAAUAACAAAACAGAUGUCCUGACAGCGGGCCGUGGGCCACCAGGAUGCCGACAGACGACGACUAUGGCCGAAGAGAACGUCUUCUAUUGCAUCAGAAUUCAACCUCUCAGUACGGAAUAUCAUCAGUGUCAGGAAGUAAUAUCGGAAUUUCGGGAUCACAAAGUGUGUCGAAUAAUAAUACCGGUACUAGUAGUACCAAUAACGAUAUAUCUAACUAUCAAAAACAGCAGCAUCAGCAGUCAGAGUCAAGAGCCUCUCCAUCCACAAUUACUUCUCAAGAAUGCUACCAGACAGCAUGCGAAAGCAGCUCUGGAAACAACGAGAGGGAUCAAUCAAACGAGCCAAAUAACUAUGGAGCCCAAAUCACGAUGGACAAGUAUGAGAAACAGACCGAUAAACUGCAGUCACAUCAAUUCGAAGAUACAACAUCGUAUGGUGACCAAUCUCGAUCAAUUUCGUCUUGCUGCGAGCGAUUCAGUAAAUCUCAGAACUCGGAAAAGUUUGAUCAAAUUUCUAGAUGUUCUGGAGGAAACCAGAAUCAUCAUCAAUACUCAAGACAACAGCAAUCCACACCGCAGAAUAGUAUUACUCAAUUUACUCGAUACUCUGAGAUCAAUGCUGUCGCCAACGAUCAACGAUUGCCAUUUCAAUCAACUGAUCGCUUUCAACGCGCUGAACGUUUUCAAAAUGACAGCACUUUGGCAUCAGCGCCAAAAACAUCAACUGUUGGAGAAUAUGCAAACUCAGGGAUUCUCGCGUUGUCCACUAGUAAACCAUUCUCGCCAGAAACAUUCCCCUCACCACCAUCACCAGCGCCAACGAAUGAUCGCUUUGUACCACCUCCACCGUUAUCUCCGAGUCCAAGUGACAAAUACGCUUCUACCCACAGCUUGGCUAAUUAUCCUUCUGGUGAUCGGAUUUUACGCUCUGGAUCUCCAAACAUCCGAGAUCGGUACGGGACUGCACCAGCAUCACCAAUACUCAAAAAUAGAUUCACAUCUGCUGAAAAAUUAUUGGCAGUUAACAGCGCAAGUAACACCAAUGCAACUUACGAUGCCAAAGAUCAACAGCAACGAUAUACAUCUUCGACUGAACGUCUCCUGGUUAAUGGAUCACCUGUACUGGGUGGCCUUCAGCGUGACUCCGUUAAUCUUUUUCCAGUAUCAAAUGCUAGUAACGAGUCCAAUAGAUAUCCAUUGUCUCCAGAACGAUUGGUCACAUCUUCACCAAUGCAUGCACCCGUGCCAGAAAGAUUUGCCAGCAAAGUUAAAGAUCGGUUUAUUUCAGAAUCACCAAACCAUGAGCGCUAUCAACGACAAGAAUCGUUGGGGAUCCAUCAUGAAAGAUAUUCAACAAUUGCAAAUUGUGAGAGGUAUAUCUCGAAUUCCCAAAAUCCAGAAAGCGCACAUAAUCGUUAUUCAUCAACAGAACGAGCCUUGGUUAGUACAUCUACAUCAGAGACACUCCAGUCACGUUGUUUUACUUCAUCUGAACAAUAUCCGAAAUAUUCGGAUCGAAAUGAUCGAUGCGUCAGCUCAAACUCACCUGCACCAACAGAGUAUUCAUGUAGAUAUUCCGCCUUUCAAGAUACAUCUGGACAAUCUAGAUACUCAACAGAUCGCUUCAAUGAUCUUACACUUCAGCGUUACAAUCAAUCAAGAACCAAUGAUAGAUUUAGUGAACGUUAUCUUACCAGUUUGUCACCGACUCAUGAUGGAAGAAUCAAUUCGGAAUCAAAUCGUUAUGCUAGCACUUCUUCGACGGAGCGGCUCCUUGUUUCAUCUUCACCGUCGUCAUCUGAAAAUAGCCGAUAUCAAAACUUGUAUACAACUUCAGGACAAACGUCUAACGACCGUUUUGUUCAGCAAUCACCAACUUUGGAAAAUAAUAGUACCAUCCGUAGUUACCAAAAUCAAACAUCAACAAAAAGUGACAAGUUCAUUCAAGUUUCAAAAUCAGUAUCUAGUUAUGAUCGUUAUCAGCUUACUAACUCAGAUCAAUAUGAUCACACGAAUCAAGAACGAAUAUACGGAUUCGAAAAAUAUAGUAGCUCAACAAUUGGGAAUGAUCGAUAUCAAGGAAGCGAGCAACGUUAUCAUGGGAAUUCGGAAAAUUAUUCUCCGGCUCGCGUAGUUGGAGAUAAAUACUUAUCACUGCCAAAGCCGAAGGAUACUUAUCCAACAGGCAGAAUUAUUUCAUCGUGUUCAUCUGUAGUCACUGGUAAUGAAGCUAGGGGUUUCGGGAAUUCUUCAGGUGUCAGUAGUUAUGUACCGCCAAAUGCCCAUACUCCAGUGGAGAGAUAUGUUCCUCAACCACCACCAGAAGUACUCUUCCCGGAUAGAUAUGUUGAUAGAUAUGGAUCAUCGACAGCUCACACACCUACAGAUCGUUAUGUGCCGACUGCAGAUCCAGGUGACCCUUAUAUGAGGAGAGAUCUUGGAUUUCACCAUCAUUAUCGGCUACCACCACCUGGUUAUCCAUAUCAUCAAACACAUUUCCGAUUUCGUGGUUUUGCGUAUGCGUCUCCUGGCCGAUUAGGAGGUAGCCCUGGAUCAAGCAGCUCUAGCAGCUCCACGUCAGUGCAAAGAGAAUUCUCUACUUCACCUUCAUUAAGACCCAAAGUUCGUGCAUCUGCAAUAGAGUUUACAUCCGCCAUAAGACCAAGUCAAUCAUGUUGUGGAGAUGGUGUUGGUGGGCAAAGAAAUUGUUGCCAAGUUAGAAGAUCUUUGCCUCCUGGUGCUUUAUCUUCCAUACCUUCUAAUCAGUCUGCACACUCAUCUUGGCAACAAUCUCCAAAUUCAGGAACAACUGGUACCUCAACAAUAUCUUCAUCCGGUACCGAGGUCGAAAAUGUCCAGAGUAUCAGUAUGUAUCCUGUUGGCGGAAGUAGUACUAUUGGAAGUUCAGAAAAUCCUACAUCAACAGUUCUGACAAUGGUACCAUCGGUGCCUUCAGCAAUAACCACUUCACCAAUUGGUACGUCGGAACUAGCUAUUACUAGAAGCGCCUCAGCGCCUGCUGGUCCUCGGCCCACUAUUCAACCCAUAACUUCAGUGAGCACGACUGCAACAUCAACAAAUCAACGCCCGAAACUCCGAAGAAAUAUGAGUCGUACUGAAGCCAUUCGCAGUUAUAUAAAGAAGGAAACUGCUACAUUUUUUGGCGUGGAUGAGGAAACGGAAGCUCUUGAGAAGCAACGAUGGUUCGAUCGUCGCCGGCGCAUGGCUUCAAGAAAAUAUGGCGCUCUGCAUCCAGAGCAUAAGCCACCAGAUCCAGACAUUACGAGAGAUGUUCCCGAUUCAACAGAAGCACCAGAGGAUGUUGUUUUACGACGAUGGCAACAACCAGUUAGAAGAAAAGAUUCCGUUGUACGAAUGACAUUAUCAGGUCUUCAUUAUAUGGUUGAAACAUUAACAAGGCAACGACCACAAGAAAAAUCCGAGUCUCGAACUGACUCUCGAAGUUUUCCACCAAGUGUCAUUUCAAUUUCGCAAACAGAAGCUGGUGAUGCUGAAAUCGUAAACAAAGGAGAAAAUAUCGUUGAUGAUGAAGAAGAGGCAUUCUUCCAAAAAUUUACACCACCUUCAACAGGAACAACACAUCAACAAACACAAGUUCCGAUAGAUCAAGCCGGAGUAUCUAGCAUUAAAGCUGAUGAGAUGACAUCUUCAAGCAAUAAACAUUUGGAUAACACAGAACGUGCCUCAGACCGCUCGGAUGUAGUGGAUGAGCUUGUUAGAUUUACAUCUCAAAAAGAAGAGAGAACAGUAUUAGAUGGAUCACAACCACAGAUUAGACGACUACCAGUGGAACCGACAAGAGAUCAUUAUACUUCAAGAACAACAAGUUGGCGCAAGUCACGAAAUGACGCAAGAACGAGUCACCAAGAAUCAACAACACUCGGUCAACAUCAGGAUGACGACCUUGUUCUCAGAAGAGAAACAACAAUAGGAAGAACCAGGAUAUCACCUAAUACUAUUGAUCGUGUUUUUGAUAAUAGUAAUCGACGUCAAUAUGGAAUGGGUAUUGUCGGUAGAUUUUUUGGCAGAUCAUUUCGUAAAAGUAUUGCUCAUAAACCUCAAGUGAAGAAACAAUUAGAUGAUAUUGAAGAUCAUAGGCCCUACUUCACUUAUUGGAUAACAACCGUUCAAGUUCUGGUUCUUAUUAUUUCACUGGCGUGUUAUGGAUUUGGACCUAUCGGUAUUGAUUUACAUCAUCGAUCGGGUCUUGUUCUCGUAACAAGUCUGUCAUUGCAACAAGUAGAUUAUCAAGAGCCAGCAAACUUUUGGAUCGGUCCAAGAGCAGCUGACCUCAUUCACUUGGGUGCUAAGUUUGCACCUUGUAUGAGACGUGAUAUGAAAAUUCUUAAGGAAAUCGAUGUAUGGCGGGAACGAGAAAGAGACACAGCUUGUUGCAUCAGGAAUGAUGACUCAGGUUGCGUACAAUCAAGUAAAGCAGACUGUUCGAAUACAAUAUCAACAUGGAAAAAAUGGGGUCCCGGUGACAAUGGACCGGGUGGACGAAUAAGUGGAUCUGUGUGUGGUUUAGAUCCGAAAUUUUGUGAUGCUCCAGCCAGCAUAGCGCCCUAUGAAUGGCCAGAUGAUAUCACCAAGUGGCCAAUUUGUCGUAAAACGAAUCCCUUCAGUCAACGAUUUCGAAGUAACAAUGGUCAUACUCAGGGAAACAACAACUUUCCGGUCGGCCGUUAUAAGGACAAAAUGGCUGAGCAUAUGGUAUGCGAAGUUAUUGGACAUCCCUGUUGCAUAGGUAUCCAUGGAAUGUGUCGGAUCACAACAAAAGAAUAUUGUGAUUUUGUCCAUGGAUACUUUCAUGAAGAGGCAUCUCUUUGUUCACAAGUUGAAUGUCUUCAUGAUGUCUGUGGAAUGAUACCAUUUCUGCAUCCUGAAUGGCCAGAUCAAUUUUAUCGAUUAUUUACCACAACGUUUCUUCAUGCAGGAAUUCUUCAUCUUGCCAUUACGUUAUUCGUUCAAUAUUAUCUGAUGAGGGAUCUUGAAAAACUAACAGGAUCUUUGAGAAUCGCUUUGAUAUAUUUUACGGGAGCUUUGGCUGGCAAUCUUGCAAGUGCAAUAUUCAUCCCUUAUAGAGCUGAGGUUGGUCCUGCUGGUGCACAUUUUGCCCUACUGGCAACAUUAGUUGUUGAAGUUCUUAAUUGCUGGCCAAUCUUAAAACAUCCACGUCGAGCGCUGACAAAAUUGAUAUUAAUUCUCGUGGGAUUUUUAAUACUGGGAGUACUACCCUGGGUUGAUAAUUAUGCUCAUUUUUUUGGUUUUAUUUUUGGUUUCUUUGCAUCCUAUGCUCUUUUACCUUUUAUUUCUUUCGGUGAAUAUGACCGUCGACGAAAGAUUAUUCUUAUCUGGAUAUGUCUUGUGUUGAUAUUGGGUUUAUUUGCUCUUCUUCUCGCUCUUUUUUAUAAUAUACCAGUGUAUGAAUGUGAAAUAUGUAAACUUUUCAAUUGUAUUCCAUUUACUCGUGAUUUUUGUGCAUCUCAAAAUAUAAAUUUCAUGAGAGAAGAACCCGUAUGACAUAUGGGGCCGCGGUUACCAGUCGAGCGCCGAGUACCGUUCGGCCCCCAAAAUAACGCUCGUCCUAACGCACAUAAUUAUCAUUUUUUUGUGGAUAUUUAUGAAAAAAAUGAUAAAAUAACUGUUGCGAUUUUAACUACGGUUAUCUCAAUAUCCAUAUAAAUAUAAAUACACGAGAUACUGCUACAACAACAGUAUUCAAAACUGUACUUAAAAUCUUAUUAAGUCCAAUUAAUAUAAUCAUUAAAUUACAUUGUACAGAUAUUAUUAAUUACACAAAGUAAAUAAUCACUCUCAACCUUUUCCACUACUGCCAUUAAAUAAUUCAGAAGAUUUAUGUAAGUGACUCGUUGAUACACGACAAAUGAAAAAUAAAUGCCUUAAAAUUGAUCGAUCGAAUCUAGGAGCGUUAAAGACUCGAGGAUCGAAUUAUUAUCUCGAGCGAUGUAAAUAUUAUAGUGCGAGGUAAAGCGAGUCAAUUGUAUUAAUUUCCUUUUAAUAAGCAUCAUUAAGUAAUGCACAGUGACCGCGUGUGCAUAACGUAUUAUUACAAUAACGAAAUUGUAAAUAAAAAAUAUAAAUUCUUAUUUGCUUAUCAGUUAAUUAAACCUCAAUAUAGAAUUAAUCUGUGCAAUGAAAACUAAGUGUGAUCUCAGUGUCAAAAAAUAAAUUAAAUAAAUAGUAGAAACCGAAUUUUCUUAUUUAAAUCAUAAAAAAUUAUUAUAAUUGAUAGGAUUAAUUUAUAAAAAUUUAUCGAUUUUCUUUACGUUUAAUAAGUUAUGGGAACAUUAAAUAAGUGGCAAUAUUGCAGUCACUGACGAAAAUUGUUAUUUUUUUUUUAAAUAAAAGUGGAAAAUUACAGUGCGUUAAAAAAAAGUUUUUAAUCGAUUCAAUCAAAUAAUUGUACAUAAUUAUAAUAUAAAUUAAAUAAACAAAUUCAAAAAGUAUUAUGGCCGCAGGCGAAUAUUAAAAAGUCUGUGUCUUCGAAAGUGACUUUAAAACGUUUAAUCCAACUAAUGUAACAAUUUGAAUGUGUAUUUUAUUAUUGAAAGAAUGUUGUCCAGACAAUGGUAAUAAAGGAUAAAUAAAUAAUUAAUUCCACAUAGUAUAACCAAACGAAAGUUAUUUAGACUCACAGAUGUGUGUGUGUGAGUGUGUGUGUGUGCGAGUGUAUGUGAGUGUGUGAGUUGUAUGAAUCAAUUACAUUAAUUUGAGACUGUAAUUAUAAACUGAUAUAAUUGUUUUAAUGAUCUAUAUAUCGUGAAUGAAUGAGUGCGUAAAUAAAAGAAUUAUUAGGAUGAAUAUCGUUCGUAGAAACACACACAUGAAAUGAAAUGUGCCACGAAUGAAUUAUAGUAUUGAAAAUUGAUAUAAUAACUGCGUGUAAUUUAUAAAUAAAUUCGUUGCCGUUGCGGCGUCAUUGCACCAAUCAUAUCUUUCACUUGUGACAUUGUACAUUAAUUUUUAAUCUCUUUAUUAAUUAAGACGGAGAGAAUAUCACGAGUAACUUUAUUUCUAUUAAUUUUUAUUUUUUGAAAUUAAAAUUGGAAUAAAAAUCUUUAAAAAUCGUAAAAUGCACGUCUCAUAAGCGUUCGACCUGAUUUUUGAAAUAGUUUAUUAAUAUCCCAAGUAGCACCCCUGAUUAAAAAAAACGAUUUGUGACGAUUAAAAACGAUUAAAAAUUAAAUCAUCAUUAAUCGUCAUAAUCAUCGUGGAUUUUCAGAUUUAAUCGUCCCAAAUCAUCAAAAGACGAUUUAUUAUUUUACGAUUAAAAACGACUAAUGAUGAUUAAAAUUUCAAAUCGUCAUGAAUCGUCUUUAAUCUUCAUUAAAAAAAUUUAAUCGUUUUUAAUCAUCAAUUGACGAUUUAUGACAAUUCAAAACGAUGAAAACAGUUUUAAUCGUCACAAAUCGUUUUGUUUAAUCAGGAACAGAGUCAACUUUAAGAGUAAAAUAAAUUAUUUUUUCGUAAAUUAGAAGAAACUAUAGUAUCCUCAUCUAAAAAGUUGAUGACCGGAUGUCGUAUUGUUUUACGUGACUAUUUUAUUCGGUUGUCGAUUGGCCGACUGAGAUAGUGGCGGGAUUUUUUAAAAGAAUGAAGGCGACCGAAGCGAGCAUGUUAUGUCUAGUUAAUUGAAAUUUACACUGGAUGAGGAAAUAAUUGUUGAACGUUUUUUUUAAUUACUCGUUUCUCCGUCUUAUAUUGUUGGAUUUUAUUUAUUGUUUCAUUUUAGAUAGCAAUCUUUACCUACUACAAUACAUUUAAAAACCAUAAAAUUUUACCACGAAAUAAAUAAAUAUAGAUAUCGUUUCUGAGAAUUAACAGAUAAAUGUUACGAAAGAAUGAUUGAGCGAGGUGCUUUGAACGUAUCAACCGUAUACGGUUCCUCCUUCAACAAAAAAAGACAAAGACUAUAUAUAGGAAUGUAAUAAUUAAAAUUUAAAAACAAGGUGUACAGAGAUACGAAAAAAAAACAUAAUAAUAAUAAUAAUAAUAAUAAUAAUAAUGCAUCGAAAGUAUGGCUCUUGGGGGUAGUUCUUUCGCGACUGUGUCUCUUAUGGCAUGCAUGAUUUAUUAAAUAUAAAUCCUAUUUUUUUAGCCUUUAAUCCUAUACAUAAAAUCUUACUAUUAUUAUUUUACUUUUAUUUAUUUAUGAUCUUCAAAUAUCUCAAUUAAAUGAAGAGAAUGAAUGAAUAAUCAAAUAAUGUGCGAAAGAGGUUUUCCUGACAACCUGUUCA